AUGCCUGACCAGAUUCUUGACGACAUCUCCCAUCGGAGGUACAACCCUUUGACCGGCGCAUGGCUCCUUGUCUCGCCGCAUCGGACAAAACGCCCCUGGCAGGGCCAGCAGGAAGCGCCAUCCAAGAGCGAGCUUCCACAGUAUGACCCCUCGUGUUAUCUCUGCCCAGGAAACACGCGCGCGCAGGGCGACAGCAACCCGAAGUAUGAGAAGACGUUUGUCUUUAUCAACGACUAUAGCGCUGUCAAGGAGAAUCAGGCAAACUAUGCGCCAGAGGAAAAGACUGAUGAUGUUGCCUCGCUCCUCCUCAAGGCGGACGCUGCCACCGGCCGCUGUUAUGUCCUCACAUUCUCGGCUGUGCACAAUGUCACCCUAGCCGAUAUGAAGCCCCAUGACAUCGUUCCCGUCAUAGAUCUAUGGACGGAUCUCUAUGCCUCCCACGUUUCUCCAACGAGUCCUCUGGGCAACGCUGCCGCUACCGUGCGUCAGAACCUGUCGAUAGUCCCUGAGUGCCAAAUGGCGCAACCAUCACAACAACUACGAUACAUGACGAUAUUUGAGAACAAGGGAGCUGCGAUGGGUUGCUCAAACCCCCACCCCCACUGCCAAAUAUGGACAACUUCGAGUUUGCCAGAGGAACCAGGCAAGGAAUUGCAGCAAAUGUCCAAGUACCGUCGGGAACAUGGACGUCAUAUGCUUGGUGACUACGUCAAGUUGGAGAUCGAGAAGAACGAGCGUGUCGUUUGGCAGAACGAUAGCUUUUUGGUUGUUUGCCCGUGGUGGGCCGUUUGGCCUUUCGAGGUUCUGGUCAUUGCGAAGCGACAUGUUCGGGCCUUGGUCGAUCUAUCGAUUGCUGAGAGGCUUCAUUUUGCCGAGGCCAUCCAAGAAGUUACUCGGCGGUACGACAACUUAUUCGAGACGCACUUCCCAUACAGCUCUGGAAUACACCAGGCGCCUAUUGACUGCAGUGAAGAAGAGGCCGAGAGCAGCUGGUUCCAUAUGCAUUUCUACCCGCCGCUGCUUCGCUCAGCUACCGUGAAGAAGUUCCUUGUGGGAUAUGAGCUUUUAGCCGAGCCUCAGCGCGACAUUACCCCGGAGCAAGCCGCGGCUCGUUUGAGGGCCUGCGACGGAGAGUUGUACCGCAAGUCUCUAUAA